AUGCUCGAGAAGCAAAUCAGUGAUACUGCCGAUGAUCGUUCAUCAUCUGUAUCAGAUUUGGCACCGAGACGCGAAUCGAUAAGAAAGAGCACACCCGUGCCGUCUCCAGAGGCCUCGCUGACCGUGGCUGAUGGUCAGGAUUCAUGGAUCUACCGGCUUGCGACUGAUACUCGACGCAGCUUCCAAGAUAAGGCUACUCCAGUCGCGACACCAACGUCAAAUAUCGAUAAUGCAAUGUCGGCGCUUAACGAGGCCAUCGAAGACCUCGGAAAAUUAAGGGUGCGCACUGGGGCAUUGAGUGUAGACUUCAAAAUCUCCACAACAGAGGCACGAUCAUGUAUCGACGGAUUUGUCACCGUCAUGUCCUCAAUGCUUGUACCGGACCUAUUCAUGGACUCAAUUUUGGAUAUCGGCUUACUUCGCGCGUUACCCGAGAUAAUUGACUCUCCUUUCGUCAAUGUGGAUCCUAGUAUGCGUGUGCUGUAUUACAACGCCAUGUUUUAUGGAUUACAGUUGACGGAGGCCCCGGGAGGAGACCGGAUCAAGAAGGCAUAUAUGAAGAUAUUAGAGAGCGUGCCUGCAUGGCUCGAAUCUCCGAAUGACACAAGCAUGGACAUUCAUACCGCAGCCCUUUCGGCAUGGACAGCGAUGACCUGCCAUGACUACCAGUUAGCAUGGAAGUUUCACUGCAAGUCCUGCCAGCAUAUCAAAUCAAACGGGAUAGAUCAGCUGGAUGUCAUACCGGCAAAAUCCUUCGAAGAAGAAAGCAGGAAAGAUACCGACCGCUACACAUACUGGUACAUCCUGUCUAUUGACACCUUCUUCCGUCUGUUCUAUGAUAAGCCGACAGUCUUGCAGUACGUACCAAACAAGGUUCGACCACCACUACUCUUUCGUUCCGACAACAUGCACCCCUCAGCUCUGAACGUCACAAUGAGCGCCGUAUGGAUAAGGUACACACUCCUGACAGUAGAAAUGAUCAGCUACGUCGAUAGUCACCAAACACCGAAUCAAGAUGAAACAGUCUCUCAGAAAAUCGACGAAACUUGCUUGCAGAUGGAGGCACUUAUGGACGAGUGGAAAUUACAUGAUAUGAUGAACGCGGCGGGUACUUCAGACGACGUUCGCUGUCUUGUCGCAGAUCACAUUACAAGACCUGGGUCGAAGGACAUCGCCCUCCGAGCCGCUCGCCGUGUCCUAAAUACCAUCCUUGACUUCUACAACACGCCCAAUCUGAACAUGAAGUUCACGAGCAUAACAGAUCAUUUCAUAACAUUGUAUCCUUUCUGUGUCGUAUUUACCCUAUACGAGCACAUACUAGCUUGCAGCAAACCUGAGGAUUGCGAAAGUGAUAUACAAAUCCUUGAGAACAUCGGAGCUGCUAUGGCUCAAAGCGGUACACAACGUCGAGAUUUGGUCCCAUUCGAAAGGACGAUCAACGCUCUGAACCGCGUUUCACGAUCUCUACAAGAAGAGAGGCGAAAAGAAUCGAUGUUGAUCGAGACUAGAGAGCAUGUUGCGCAAGAAACGGACCUGCCUCCGACCAAUUUCGAUACAAUCCAGAACCUGAUGGCUAGCGAACUUCCAGACAUUGAUAUGUCAAACUUCUCAUCGAUGCCCGACUACACUCCAAAUAUGGAUGGCGACUUCCAAUCUCUGGGAUUCUUUAGGGCGAUAGAAAACGAUUUCGUUGCGCGGAACUGGCAAACCGACUGGUGGGAUCUCGGUGGUGGCCUCAGUCAAGCAGGGAAGACGGUAAUCAUCACGGGAGCCGGUAGCGGCAUAGGUCGUGCCACAGCUCUAGCUUUUGCGAAAGCAGACGCAGCACGCCUGAUCCUAAUUGGACGCACCGAAUCGACCCUCGAAGGGACCAAAAAGCUACUCGCAGAGAGUAAAUCAGAAUGUGCAGUCUACCCUGUCUCAGCGACUGAUGAGACUGCGAUGCAUGACAUCGCUAAACAGGUCGGCGCCUGGGAUGUCCUCGUUCUUGCCGCAGCACACAUUUCCUCACCUUCCAAGAUCGUCGAGGCUUCUCUGCAAGAUUGGUGGGCGGACUAUGAGACGAACGUCAAGUCCAUCGUCAUCGCUUCACAAGCUUUCGUUCCAAGUGCAAAGCCUGGUGCUGCUUUAUAUACACUCGCUGCUGGCGCAGCUGCUCUGCCGCCAGCAUACACACCCGGAUUAUCAGGUUACCUCGUAUCAAAGACCGCGCAGACAAAGAUCGUCGAGUUUCUUGCCGCUGAAAACCCAGACCUCUUCGCAUGCGCAGUACAUCCUGGAAUGGUGGAUACAGGUAUCUUCCGAGGCUCUGGCGCGGAUCCAUCACAGCUACCUAUGGACUCUGUCGACCUAAGCGCGAAUUUUCUUGUUUGGCUAUCGCAGCCAAAGACCAAGUUCCUGAGCGGUAAGAUGGUUUGGGCGAACUGGGAUGUGGAGGAGUUGGAAGCGCGCCAGGACGAAAUCAAGGGGAGUUCGAUGAUGACGGUUGGGCUUGAGGGAUGGCCAUACAGUCCUGCUGCUGCGAAGUAG